UGGGGAAAUCCGGCGGUCGGGAGGAAUGCAAACCCAGUGAGUGCAUAAGGCUGCCCGGCCCUCACAGGCUGUCCCCCCGCAAAGGACACCUCCUUAUCUCCAGGGGGCAGUUACUGGUAUGGUGCAGGAGGCCCCGGCUGCUGCUGGCUGAUAAGACAUCCUGUGUAUGCUGCAGCUGGGGUUUCCGUUGGGCUGCGCCGAGCUCAGUGCAUGUACAAUCCACCCGCCCGUAGUUUCCAGUGCAACCAAAGGUGCUUCAGAGACGCGUCCCAGGGCUGGAAAGAGCCCUCCGUGCUCAGGCAGCGCCGCUGGAAGAUGCAAAGGCAGCGAGGAGGCCCGGGCAGGAGCAGAGAGCCAGGCCCCGGCCCUGCAGAGUCCUGCAAACCAGGAGGCUGGCGGGAAGGCUGAGAAGCGGAUUCCUAGGAACGGUCUCUCCCCCUUCCCCCUUUCUGUGCCGCCCUCCUCUGGGAUCCUUUCCAGUCUGGACAGAGCUGUCCACUCCACGCCCGUCCGCCGAUCUCUUUCCGAAGGGCCCUCUGCUGGCAGAGCUGACAUGCUUCAGCCUCAAGGCUGCCUGGGAUCCUGGCGAGACGUGCAGCUGGGUUAGAGUUCGAGCGGAGAGCUUCCGUGGGGCCGUGAGAACCGCUGCGGGGCCCAGACCCUGCUCCAGCCAUGAUCCGCCUGCGAAGCCGUGCCCUGUGCUGGGCUCUGCUGGGUGGCAUAACCGUGGUGCUUCUGUACCAAGCCAGGACCUGCUAUAGCCGGGGGAGCUUCCCAAGCUUUUCCUACAGGGAUCCUCUGGGAGCUCACCAGCCCGGAGCCGGAGCCGGAGCCAUGCCAGCGCAGCCACCGGCGACCCUGCUGGGCAGUAGGGCCCCCAGCUCCACGCUGCAGCCGUUCUUGGGGGACCUGUAUGGCCGGGACGAGACGUACCGGAGCUCGAGGUGCCCCAGUGGCAUCAGGAAGAGGAUCGCGAGCACCAAGUUCAGCAGCGUCUUCCUGGAGGCCAUCCCGGUGCUGCAGUGGGCCCGGCAUGCCCAGCCGGCUGAGUAUCGACGCCUGCGGAGCUACGGGGGGGCCCACGGCUGGCAGGAGGUUGGCUGGCCCGUUGUGAGGGACGCGCUGACCCGUCUCAACACGUCGGCCAACGGGCGCAUGUUCGACGCCCACCCCCGAGCUGCUGCGGGCGGCUCCCCCUGCGUCCGCUGCGCCGUGGUGGGCAAUGGUGGCAUCCUGAACGGCUCCCGGGCAGGGGCUGCGAUCGACCGGCAUGACUAUGUCUUCAGGACCAACGGGGCCCUCACCAAGGGCUUUGAAAGGGACGUGGGCCGCAGGACCUCCUUCUACGUCUUCUCUACUAACACCAUGAUGAACUCGCUGCAUAACUACGCCAGCAACGGCUUCCGCCAGCUGCCCCAGACUCUGGAAACCAGGUACAUCUUCCUCCCGGACCAUGACCGAGAUUACCUACAGCUCCGGGCGGCCCUGACCCAGCGCCCUGUCGACAGAGGCCCAGAUGAGGGUGCUCGGCCGGAGCGAUACUUCGGGAAAGACCUGCGGGCGGAGAAGUUUAAGAUGUUUCACCCGGAUUUUAUCCGCUACGUCAGGAACCGGUUCCUCCGCUCCAGCAUUUUGGACACCCCGCAGGGGAGGCUGUACCGUCCCUCCACCGGGGCAGUGAUGCUGCUGGCUGCCCUCCACACCUGCGAUGAGGUAAGCGCCUACGGGUUCAUCACCCCCAACUACCGGGCCUACUCCGAACACUACUUCGACCCGACGCACAAGGCCCUGCGGUUCUACGCCAACCACGACCUGCGGCUGGAGAUGAGCCUGUGGCAGGAGCUGCACCAGAGCCGGCUCAUCACGCUGCACACGAGAGGCUGAAGGUUGGGACCGUGCUGGGCGGUGCAGAGUGAAGGGACUGACGCGCCGGCUCAGGCCGGGACCUGCCUGGUGGGGCGCUGGGGCAGACACGCCGGCACUGCGCUGGGAACAAACCCUCCGUCAAGCGUGACGCUGGGGCCUGGACCUCGGGGAAGGAAAAGCCCCGUUGGACUGUCGCCUCACCAUGACCAGGGCAGGAUGCUGUGAGCUGGGCUCGUGCCUACGCCAUGAGUGGAAUGAGUUUGUCAGGUCUCACCGUGGCUUCACAGCAGACGGAGAGGUGCCUCGUCGCUUGGGGAGGCGUCCUCCUGCACUGGGCGACGCUGCCCACGGCCGCCUGCCAGCCCCAGGGCGGUUCCCGCCCCGAGCGGAGUUAUCACCUGACUGACUAUCCCUGGAACAAAUCCAGGCUGUUGCUUUCUGGCGGGGCUGAAUGCAGCUGGGGGGGCUGUGUAGCUUGCAGAACAGCUCGUGAGGAGGGGGCUGCAUGGCAGCCCUGAUCCAGCAGAGCCUUUCGCUGGGACUGAACUGGCACCAUGAGCAGGCCUCUGGGCUGUAACGCUGCUCGCUGGGUCCCCAAGUUCCCUCCAAGCGUCCCUCCCUGCUGCUGCUGAGAAUUGCCUACUACAGGAGCGUGCCUGGCCCCGCAGGCAGGGAGCCCUGGCAUUCGAACUCCCCGGCCUGAAUAACCGGGGAAUGGGGGAGUUGGUAAGUCCCGUUACAAAGCAGAGCAAUGCCUCUGGCUCCUGGAUAGUCUGUCCCCAAAUUCCAGCCAGCCUUGGGGGCGAGAUCCCAGCACUCUGGCAGCUGGGGUGUGGCAUGAGCCCCUGCUGCUAUACAGAGAGCGUCCCUCCUGGAGCCAGAGCAGCCUUUGUCUAACCCUAGCCCCCCUUCUCCCCUGGCCAGCGCCAAAGAAGGGGCCUCUACCCACACAACAGGAAGAGCAGUCUGAGAGCCAGGGAUGUCCCGACUCGGGGGCAUUGGCUAGGUGCCGGUCCUUCUGUGCCUCAGUUUCCCCAUCUGUAGAAUGGGAGUGGGCACUGUUAACAAUGGGCUCUGCUCCCCUCGGGCAGCAGGGUGGGGCUGGCACUGCCAGCUCGCAGCUGGGCUGUGCAGUGCCCUGGCGUCCGUGGGGCAGGCAAGGCCGCGCCAGCCGCCCUUUGUUCCAGCAGCAUUAAUCAGAGCUAACUGCCCGAGUGCAGCCUGGCUGCUGCCGGCUCUAAAUCAAUCAAUCAUGUGAAAGCUGGCGGGGGAGGGGAUGGGGGGGAAGCAAUUCCCGUCCUGGUGGGAGUCAGCCCCUUGCAUGGCCAAGGACAUAAUCCCAGGGCACCUUCCCCUCCUCGCUCCGGUGCUCUGUGCUCCUCCCGGUGCUCUGCGCUCCCCCAACCCAGCACUCUGCGCUCCCCUCUGUGCUCUGUGCUCUGCGCUCCCCCCUAAGCCCUGUGCUCUGCGCUCCCCCCUAAGCCCUGUGCUCUG